AUGCAAGGUGUGGAUGAGGAUAGGCUCAUUCCGCAUCUUGAGACAUUUGGUGGCGUGCGUAUUCCACAUAUUGGUAUAGGUACCUAUGAGUUGCGUGGUGAAGAGUGUCGCAGUGCUGUUGCAUGUGCGCUUCGUUUGGGUUUUCGGCUAGUGGAUACGGCGGCCAGUUAUCGCAACGAGGAAUUGGUUGGCGCCGGUAUAAAGGAUAGUGGAGUGCCGCGGGAGGAGUUGUUUGUCGUCGUGAAGAUCGCGCCAAAGGCGAUGGUUUCGGAGGAGCGGGUGGAGGAUGGUAUACGACAGAGCGUGCAAAAGCUUGGCAUCACGUAUGCUGACUGCGUGCUGAUUCACUGGCCUGGGUGCGGUGGGCACAAGCCAGAGGAAGGAGAGGAGAACAGAGCGGCGCGACGUCGCUGUUGGAAGGUGAUGACGUCGCUGCAGCGUGAAGGACUUGUGCGACAUUUGGGAGUCUCUAACUUCCAGCCGCAACAUUUUACUACGUUGGUUGAGGAUGCGGAGGUAGAUACUUUGUUUGCAGCGACCAACCAGAGCCGGCCGACAAUCAACCAGAUUGAGCUGCACCCGAUGUGUGUGCAGCAAGUUGUGAGCAAUUACUGCCGGCAACAUGGCGUUAUUCUACAGCAAUAUUCCCCGUUGGCGCAAGGAGACGUGCGGCUUCUUGAACACCCUACACUAUGUGCCAUCGUUCGGGACUUCUUCCCUGGGUACACUGUACCCAAUGUGUUGCUCAUGUGGGGUCUGAGCCAGGGUUUUUGCGUUUUGGUGCGCAGUCGCUCAGAAGAGCAUCUGAAGCAGAAUUGGAUGGCAGCAAAUGCGUUCUUUCGUAAUGGAACCCUUAGUGACAAACAGAUUGAGCAGAUCCGAUGCCUUCAUAAGACCUUGCAAGUGGCAGAGGACCUUCAUUUUUGUUGGCACAGUAAUCGCGUGGAGUAA